GCGCGCCCCGCCCCUUUCGAGCGUUGCGCAGCCGGAGCGGCGCCGGACGCACUUGGAGCGGCUGCGCAUGCGCGGCCGCCCCCCGGCCCCCCCAUGGCGGCCCGCGGCCGGGGCCGGGGCCGGGGGCAGAUGACCUUCAACGUGGAGGCGGUGGGGAUCGGGAAGGGGGAGGCGCUGCCCCCCCCCACCCUCCAGCCCUCCCCCCUCUUCCCGCCGCUGGAGCACCGGGCGGCCCCGCUGCCGGGGGGGGAGGAGGGCGAGUACAUGCUGGCGCUGAAGCAGGAGCUGCGGGGGGCCAUGAAGGGUCUCCCCUACUUCAUCAAACCGGGGGCGCCCCGCAGAGAUAUCGAGCGCUACUCAGACAAGUACCAGAUCUCCAGCCCUGUUGACAGCGCCAUCGACUGGAACCCAGACUGGAGGCGGCUGCCGCGGGAGCUGAAGAUCCGGGUGCGGCGGCUGCGGAAAGGCAGGACCACCAUCCUCAUCCCCAAGUCCAAGCAGCGGGUUGCGCUCGACAAGGAAGAGACCAUUAAGAAGCUGGAGAGCCUGGAGAAGAAGGAGGAGGAGGUGACGUCGGAGGAGGAAGAGGAGAAGGAGGAGGAAGAAGAAGGGAAGGAAGAGGAGGAAGAGGAGUACGACGAGGAGGAGCACGAGGAGGAGACCGAUUACAUCAUGUCCUACUUCGACAACGGGGAGGAUUUUGGCGCCGACAGCGACGACAACAUGGACGAGGCCGUCUAUUGACCCCCACCCCCACCCCGUCACCCCCCGCGGGGACCCCUGUCACACCCCCCCGGGACGUUGGGGUCCCCUGUCACACACCCCCCCUUCCCGGAUGCUGGGGACCCCUGUCACCCCCCCUCCCGCCUGCAGGUGGCACUGGUGCUCCAGGGAUGGGGGGGGGACACUCCCCCCCACCCCGGCGGGGCACCCCAGGGUGCCGGCAGCUGGAGGGAGACCCCCCCCCCCACAUUCAUACACACAUGGGGAGCCCCUGCUGCCCCCCCAACUUGGGGGGGUCCCAGGGGGCUCCGGAGCGCCUGGGGGGAGGGAGGACCCCCAGCCCUGUCCCCAAACCAGUGGUGGGUGGCAGUGCCCCUGCCAGAGGUGGUUUUAGGGGUGACGGGGGGGGCCCCAAAACCCCCCGGCCUCCCCCAAAACCCCCCGGCCUCCCCCAAACUCCCCCUUUUGCGGCAGCUUUUUAACACUUGGGGCUUUUUUAACUCAUUUUGGGUGGAUUAAAGUUGACUUUUGUAUUCCCA